AUGGUUUCCUCCUUGAUUCUUCUUCGCCUCAUUCGAACGGGAGUCCAGAGCUUCCCCCAGAAAAUCAGAAAUGGGGGACCCGACCGCCGUCCCGCGGGCCUCGAGCUGCCUCGAUCACAGCGCGACAUCCCACGAGACACCACACCAUCUUUCUCUCACACAUUCACAGAAGUUACUCGCCCCCGGGUCCCAAAACUCUCUUCCGCUGUGCGUCUUGCGGCCCAUGCUGCCACGAACUUGGGAGCCUGGGCCAGGCUUGGCUUUCCAGGAAGGCCGCCCUUCGCUGUUUCGAGGUAG